UUGCAGCAUGUUGAUUGUAUUACUUAAGAGUAGCCAGACACACGAUUUACAAUCAUUGGUAUGUUUGUAACUAUGUUGAUAUUUCACCAUAAACCUUUGUUGCAUUUACAGCAAUCUGUAUGUUUUGUAAUGUAGUGAUGAUGUACAUUUAUUACUGGUAAAACUAUAGCCACCCAUUUAAUUCAUGUCUACUUAUCUCUUCAUUAAAUUAAACUACAGAAAAGACCGACACAGAAGGAAGGAAGUCAGAAUAAUGUUUGAAUCAUUUGGAUAAAAAACUAAUAUUCCUUGAUUUGUCGAAACAAAUGAAACACCAAAACAAAGCCAAAACAAAUGAAACACAAAUACUGUAAUGUCUGAUUGUUGCCUGACACUAACAAUUAAAGGAAGGAAGUUAAAGCAAAACAUCCUUUAAAAAAAAAACUGGAGAUGAACGCAUGUGAAGUGGAGCUUUCUGCUUUUCCUGAUGUGGGAACAGAUCUAAUUUAGAAAAUUACAAAAUGUGUAUACAUAUAUUAUAGCCUAUGUUAAGAGUGUGCACAUGAAUGAUAACUUAUUAGUUACUAUCCUUAUCAAAUAACAUACCUAACACUAGCAAUUGCAGACUUAGUUGCACCCAUGCAGAAAGCAUUACCACCCAUCACAUUUUAAAUUAACAUUCAGUUCAUUUGUAUUCAGGGAUGGCAGAAAGCUCUUAAAUCUAUAAUAUUCAGGACAUUGAAACCAAAUCAUUUGUGGUUGCUGUUAAAAUAUCAGUGGGAAAUAUGUUACAAUCAAUACAAUGAGAAAAUAAUUGAAACCAUGCUGCAAAACAGCACUGUAACUGACUGAACUAUAUCAAACCUGGAGUCCUUGCUCUUAUCUCAAGUUGCAGAAGUGUUUGACACCACGCCUCACAUGGGAUGCAACCCACUCAAGCCCUGCUGGCUAACAUCGAUACAGUUGAUAACUAAUGAAACUGAACGUGUUUGUGUCUCCUCACUGCUGUAACAACUUAUUUUCUACCCGCAUCAGGAAAUAAUAAGUGAAUAAGCAUGUCAAGAGGAGAAAUUACCCUUCUUAUUUUGUCUUUACUGUUGGAGGCUUCAUUGAACCAAAUCCAAAAAUGUGAAAAGGAGACAGACUGUCCCAAAGACCACCAGCAAAUGUUCAGUAAACAAAUAACAGCAAUCCCAGGCUUCCUGGGACCAGGUAUCACUGAGAUUUUCUUUGUGUCAAGCCAGAUUGAAACAAUCCCCAAAAGAGCCUUUGUUGAAAACCCGCAGCUUCAAAAGGUGUUCUUACUGACUACCAUCACGACAUCUAUUGAACCGGGAGCUUUUGAAGGUUUGGUAGAUCUCAAGCAUCUUGAGAUCUCAAGCACUCCAUUAACGUGGAUCCCAGUGGGAGCCUUUAAAGACCUCAACAACUUGGAGAAUAUUGUCUUAAAGUUUAACAAGCUCCCUAGUCUGGAAAAAGGCUUGUUUGAUGGCCUUCCAAAACUAACGGGGCUCCAGCUACAUGGGAACGAGAUCGGGUCAAUUGAAAAUGGGACAUUUGAUGGUCUGGAGAACCUCUUGAUGCUUCAUUUAGCUAAAAACAAUCUCUCUGCUGUAUCCACACACUGGUUUUCAAAUUUGAGCAAACUGCAGAUACUACGACUUUACGAGAAUCAGCUGACCUUGGUUCCUGAGGAUAUCUUCCAUAAUUUACCAAAAUUAAAGGAAAUUGGCUUGAAUGGAAACAAAAUAACAGAAUUGUCACCUAAUCUAUUUCCACAUAAGAACGCACUCAAUAAACUGUUUCUGGACAAUAAUCUUCUUACCAGUUUGCCUGAAGGAUUCUUUGUUGGCUUCCAACACCUUAAAAAGCUGACCUUAGAGAAAAAUAAAUUGACAAGUCUACCACCUGUGCUUUUUGGAGAAAUGCCUGACUUGACAGAUUUGAGCCUCAGUCAAAACAAUCUUAGCACUAUUCCUAAAGGAGUAUUCAGCCUUCUGAAGAACCUCAAGAAGUUAGAUCUGUCUGGAAAUUCGUUUGUCAAUGUGUACGAGUACUUUGAUGGCCCUGAGAAGCUUAAAGAACUGAAUCUACAAAACAACAAGAUAAAGUCGCUGGAUGCAGAUCUGUUUGAAAAGCUACAAUCGCUUGUCACACUCAAGCUAGCUCACAAUGACCUCCAAACACUUCCAGAGGAUAUUUUUCAGCAUUUAAAAAAAGUGAAGAAACUUUCCCUCAAUGACAACCCGUGGCGUUGUGAUUGUAAUCUGAUUCCUCUUCACCUCUGGAUAAAAGCAAACGUUGACAAGACUUUGUCUCCUGCUGUCUGGCAGGCAGACAACUUGGAUCUUUCCGUGAACAUAUAGAGGAAACUGGUAUUGAAACUUUAAAUAAUUCCUGACAAGAAUGAAAAGAGGCAGCGCUUGGCAGAAUCGCAGCAUAUUACUACUUUCACUUAUUAAAAUCACAAUAAACCUUCUCAAUACAAAUUCCU